AUGGGGCAACGUCGAGGCCGUUCACAUUCUCAGGAAAAUCAAGUAAGGGAUUCCCUCUCCCCAGAAGAGGGACGACCCCGGAAUGCUGCCAUGGACGCCAUUAGCUGCGCUCUGCGAAAAGCAGCUCGAUCACCAUUUUCAAGCAAAAUUAAGAGAGCCGAAAUGCCAGACAGGUUUGCCCGCCCACCGUUUAACUGCUAUGACGGGAAGACUGAUCCGGUAGAACACAUUAGCCAUUAUAUUCAGAUGAUGUCUUUGCAUACUCAUAACGAUGCGCUCAUGUGCAAGGUAUUUCCCUCAAGUUUGGGACCGACUGCAUUGAGAUGGUUCAAUGGGUUACGAAAAGGAUCCAUAAGAAGUUUCUCCGAGCUGAUUCAAGAGUUCAGAGUCCAGUUUGUGACGUGCAACCGAGUACCUCAACCAGUUGAUGCACUCCUGUCAAUGAAAAUGAGGGCAGGAGAGACCCUCUGUAGUUACGCCAGCCGGUAUUGGGAGCUAUACAACGAGAUCAGCAGGGAUAAUGAAAGGGUGGCGGCAAGCACAUUUAGAAUGGGGUUGCCCGAGGAUUCAGGGCUAAGAGAGUCAUUAACCAAAAAGUCACCCAAAAGCGUACGGCAGCUUAUGAGACGCAUCGAGGAAUACAAACGAUUAGAAGACGACCAGUUACAGAGCAAGGGCAAAGCGCCAAUAAUGACUCGUCCCCGGCAGGCAGGUUUCCCGUUUAGGCUGUGUGGGGGUCCGGCGAUUCAAGAACCGGUCACACAAAUGGGAGAAGUAAACCUGACGUUUAAGGAACCGGUAUACAGGAUUCUUGACCGGAUCAAACAUGAGCCGUAUUUUCGGUGGCCAAACAAGAUGGGCAGGGAUCCAUCCAGAAGGAAUUAA